UGGCAAUUACUCACAAAAAUCUAAACGGAGCGUGAAUCAUUCGCGGCCCAUCACAACACACUGUGAUCUACAAAGGGACGCCAGGAGUUAAUGAGCGGCGUGGCUGUUCUAUUAGUCCGAGGACAUUUAGUAUACCUGACCAAAACAAUGGCGUCCAUUUUGCUGGACAUUUAUGACGGUGCAUUGUUCUAGUUACUGAUUAUUUUUUUUUUAAUGUAUCACAAACUUGGGAUUCCCAUGGAUGUCUUAUUCGUGGAGGAAGCGAUAUUUUGAGAUACUUUUAAGGACUAUUAAUACUUUUUCAUUUUUUAAUUUGGGAAGAAAAACCAAGUGACAUUAUUUUCAACAAUAUAGUCAACAGUAGGAUUUUCCACCAUUUCAGUGAUCAUUUAUACUAAACUAUGGAUUAUAAUAACUCACACUAAUUGGAGAAUUUUAUACGGCUGUUAAAACGAAAACUCAUGGAUGUUGUGUAACAGCAGAAUAACAAUAUCAAAGUGGGAGGUAAAAAAAAUUGUACAAAAGAUUGAGGGUCACCCAGAGGAAGUUCAUUGCAUAAGAAGAGGAAAUACUUGUGCGACUGUCUGUCAAUAUGAAUUUUACCACUUUCCCCUCUAAUAUAAGCGUGAGCGAGACAAUGUCUACGACAGCAGCAAUAUUUACCACUGGGCAACCAUCGCUCAGUAGUGGGCAACCAUGGCCCAGCACUGGGCAACCAUUGCCCAGUGAGGAAUCUCUUGCCGCAGUCAUACUAGCCCACAUGAACGAGGAGGAAAAAUUUCGCCAGAUUCCCCUGACGUUAUUUCUAGUUAUUCUUUCGGUAACCGGAUUGUUCGGAAAUGUCUUAGUUUGUUUCAUAUACGGGAGAGUGUAUAAAAUUUCCAACUCCCGAACGUUCAUUAUGAGUCUUGCGGUGGUGGACUUAUUCACAUGUGCCAUAGGAAUUCCAAUGGAAAUAGCGACUUCAUUGGAUCAGUAUCAGUUUCAUUCGCCGUGGGUCUGUAAAAUUUCUCGGUUUAUGAAUAUUUUCACAACCAUAACGGCUGCCGUCGUGCUUGUACUUAUUGCAAUGGAUCGUUAUCGGAAAAUCUGUCGGUCUUUGGAAUGGCAGAUCACAAAUAGAUAUUCCAAGAUACUUUGUGUCUGCUCUGUGAUCGCAGGACUUAUAUUAUCUUGGCCAGCAUUUCCCUUAUAUGGAAUAAAGUCUACUGACCUCGUUUUAACUCCGGAUGUGAAUGGAACAUCUACCGAGUGUUCGAUUGACGAUUCGUCCAAAAACACCCGAAUUCCGCUAAUAUACGAAGCACUGCAUACCAUGGUGUUUCUGGUCGGCGUCGUUUCCCUUGUGAUAUUGUACAUAUUGAUAGGAAGACGUGUUCGAUUUUUCGCGCAAAAGCACGAGGCUCGGAGAGGUAGCUCCUCUAAUAGUCUGGACACCGUAGAACAGCGAAAUGAGAGACGACAAACAAGACGGGAUAAACUAAGACAGUUACAGAGCGAGGGUUCUUCAUCUGACGGUGAUUCCAAUGUUUCCACUGAGACAAAGUCGUCUGUGGUGAGAAACGGUAAACAUAAAAUAAGCUUUACUCUGUCCUCUGGUGUGGGGCAAAAUACUGUGGACAUGAAGCCUGGUGCUUCAGUUCUGAAAAGAAAUAACUCGAGCUGUCUGAACGCACCUAUUAUGGCCAAACAGGCCAAAUGUAGGAAGACGCUAGCUCGGAACACGACUUACCUUAUGUUUUUAAUAACUAUUGUGUUUAUUUUGAGUUUUGUGCCAGUACUCACUUUAGUGUUAAUACGAGAAGUUAAGAAGGAUUUCGUGGAUAAUUUGUCAGACUCGGGGAGAACUGCCUAUAGGUUCUUUUUAAGGUCGUAUUAUAUAAACGCCGCCAUGAAUCCCGUCAUUUACUCCAUCUUUGACAGACGAUUCAGAAAAGCGGUGAAAAGUACAACGAGAGAAAUGAUUAAUAAGUUUCCGUUUUGUAAAUCUUAAUAUAUGCAUUUUAUUUUUUUCCUUUUGUAUUGAAUUAUUUCAACCAAAUCCCACAAAUUAAACAAAAGUUUCCCUCAAUAUUUGACUUGCUUUUCUCGAUUUCAAUUGAUUCAAAACCAUGUUAAUUUUAUACACAAGGGUUAGCAAUGUUGUUUGCCGAUUAUUUCAUUUUUGCGAAAUCAUGUUUGGUUAUAUGUGUAUGUAUAAUUAGAUUUCCUUAACUUAACAAUAUGCAUAUGGCUAGGGUGUUUCUAUCUACUAU